AUGAAUUCUACAUCGCUAUUUCCCUAUGCUUCGAGGGAAGAACUUGUGAAGGAAUAUGUAGGUAAAUCACUACAUGAUGUGCCUUGUCCUGCAGUUGUACUUGAUAUAUCGAAAUUGAAGAAGAACUGUACGAGUAUGCUUGAGGCUGUGGACUCUUUAGACUGCGGGUGGAGAGCCCAUAUCAAAACCCAUAAGACAACGGAAUUGACAAGGCUACAAGUCGGAGAUGGGCCUGGAUCGGCCAACAUCGUCGUUUCAACUGUGGUAGAGGCAGAGAAUAUUGUUCCUAUUCUUCUUGAGUAUAAGAACAAGGGUAGACCUAUGAAUGUGCUAUACGGGUUUCCCCUCACCGCAGGCGUAGUCGACAGACUAUCAAAAGUCUCCACAGAUCUUGGUCCCAGUGGUCUAUCCCUCAUGAUCGAUCAUCCAUCUCAACUGCGCUCUGUCGCCGCUAUCUACACCAAAACCAGCAUCCCGCCUCUCAUCUUCAUCAAAAUAGAUAUGGGCGACCGCCGAGCUGGUGUAAUUCCAGGCACAGAAAUCUGUUCCCAGCUCGUCUCCUCCGUAGUAUCUCUUGCCAAUCGCGGUGUAUGCAUCCUCCACGGACUAUACUCACAUGCUGGACACUCAUAUUCCUCCAACUCUCAGACCGCAGCCCUCGACUAUCUUCGCCAAGAAUUUGAGGCCCUUCUCGUUACGUCUGAAGAAGUUCGCUCGGCCGCUGCUACUAAGAUGCCUCUCGUGCUUUCUGUAGGUGCUACUCCAACUUCUAGCGCCAUUCGUAGCCUUCUCCUCCCGCCAACUUCAUCCGAAGGCUCGAGUGAGAUUGCAGCUCUUAAAGCCACCAUUGAAGCCAUUCGCGACGCAGGCUGUGAGAUCGAGAUUCACGCCGGAGUGUAUACCAUGCUUGACAUGCAACAACUAGCUACCCAUGCAUUACCAGAAGAUAAACUUGGUUGGUCAUCCGUAGCCAUCACAAUCCUCGCCGAAAUCGCCUCCCUCUACCCCUCCCGAAGCGAAUCCGGAUCUCCCGAAGCCCUCCUAACAGCCGGUUCCCUCGCCCUUGGUCGCGAACCUUGCAAGGCGUAUCCCGGCUGGGGUAUUCUCUCCCCAUGGAACCGCACUUCUUUUGCUUUGCCCAAUACCGGUCCUGAAGGUUACUCUGGCUGGCAAAUCUCUCGCAUCUCCCAAGAACACGGCAUCCUUACUAACCCGGGCAAAAAUGACUCGGAACUCUCUAUCGGUCAGAAAGUCCGUGUCUGGCCUAAUCAUGCAUGUCUCGCUGGUGCAGGAUACGGUUGGUAUUUAAUUGUGGAUGGAAGUCGUGGAGAGGGAAAAGAAGAUGAGAUUAUCGAUGUUUGGGUUAGAUGGAGAGGAUGGUGA